AUGUCGCUGCUGCUAAUAAUCGCCCUCCUGUUGGCUAGCGCAUGUUCCAGCUAUCCGGUGUACGAUGUCGUCGAGAAGCCGUCGCACUCGCAGCAUCAUCACCAUCAUAAGCACCACAUUCGGCAUAAGCAUCGUCGGCGAAGUCUCGCUUCCGAUGAGGACACGAAGACGCAAAGGAACAAGCAGAUAAUGCUCACCAAGCCCUAUUGGCCGUGGCCGUAG